AUGGAAGGUGAAAGUUCGAGGAAACGCAAAGAGCUCAUGUCAGAUUUCGAAUGGGAAGAUGGAGCAAUCGAGAAGGUUAAACAAGCGUUUCAAAAAAUGAGAGAUGUGGUUCUGAAGGAAACGAAUAAACGUUUCACUGCGAUCCGUGAUAUGGUGAAAGAUUAUAUGAAAAAGAAGGAAGAAUUUAUCGGCCUCAUGUGUCAACUUGAAAAGAUCGAUGCUCAACUCUCGCAAAUGAAUGAUAUCUUGGAGGUCCAUAUCGACUUGGUUGCAGAGCGUAACAUGUUAGAAGAAGUUAGGGCUAUCGUUAAUGUCGGAAAUCUUGAUAGCGUCAAAACAAAAGGGAAGGAUAAUGUCAAAUUGAGUUUCGAUUUGCAAGAUUUAACUGGAACCGGGUUGAAUUGCACGGUGUGGGGUGAUCUUGCAAAGGACUUUGAUACACAGAUAAAAGAAUAUCAAGAUACUGUUGUCGUUUGUGUAAUACGAUUUGCAUGCUUGAAGGAGUGGAGAGGAAACUAUAGUAUUUCCAAUGCGUUCAACUCUACCGACAUUAUGAUAAAUCCAGUUAUGCCUGAAGUAGACGCGUUUCGAAAUAAGUUGCCCACUGAUGCUGUUGAUUUAGUACAACUUGAUGAUGAACCAAGCCCUCAAAAAACAAAGGCGCGAACAUGUGUGACAAUCGCGACUAUUUAUUAUGUUCAAGUGUUGCCUAAAUGGUAUUAUAUUGCCCGUAAAGUUUGUAAUAAGAAAGUGCAGCCGUAUCCACUAGAAUCUCAGUCUGGAAACGAUUUACUUUAUAGUUGUGGAGUUUGUGAUGUUGAUGUUACGGAUGUUGAUUACAAGUAUAAACUCAUACUUCAUGUUGGAUACGGAAAUUCACAAAAGAUUAAACUGCUCUUCUUUGACGGUCUUGCUCAACUAUUUAUUGGAAAAAAAGCUGAAGAACUGGCUUUGGAAAAAUCUAAAGAGGAUAUUGCAGUUAUUCCUGAAUCUCUUUCGUUCUUAAUAGGGAAGACUAUGCUAUUUAAAAUUUCGAUUACAAUCGAUAAUUCAAAGAGCGACAAGUCUGCUUAUGUUGUCGAAAAGUUUUGGGAAAAAGAUGACAUGGUUGUGCAAUUUGGCAAGGAACUCUAUGGAAGGCAUGAACUUUCAAAUAAUUCUUCAGAUACAAACGAUCAUAAGUUGCAUAUCGCACCAGCUGAAACGAGUUUGUCUUUAUGUAAGAGAGAUCAUACAGAAAGCAAUGUUGUGUCGAACGGGGGUUAUGGAAAAUGA